AUCAGCUGAUUAAGCGUUUUCGAAGUUUAAUCGUAGACAUGGUAUGCAAUAAAUAAUAUUAUGUAUUUUCAAUUGAGUUUCAUCUUUGGCGGGUGAUGGGCGGAUGGGCCUGCCUUUUACUUUGCAUUAUCUUAGGACUUAGUUCAUCGUGGGACGUGCAUGCCUCAUUGGUAGGCAGUUGUGGCCAAUAGUUGCUGUUUAGUGUGUUUACUGUCGUUUGUCGAGUGUCAGCAAAGUUUCUACUAAGUUUAAGACCGAAAUCUUCGAUUGAGAUAAUAUACGGUGAUGAUGUCCUGAAUUCAAGUGAAUUCUAGAGCGUUCGCAGUUCACUCAAUAAUCCGCAGUCAUGAUCUGCCUACGCCAAUUAAAUAAGUUAUACAGUACGGUAGUGGGUAGCAACAGCCUAAAGCAAACGCCUAGCCGAUUUUCGUUCCCGGAGCGUUUCCGUGGAACGAUUGUCGAACGUUGGAAACAGUACUGGGAGAGCGUGGCGAAAGAUUAUUACGAGUCGACAGUGGGCAUUGGAACGUAUGCGAGGGCGAAUCCGAUAAAAAGCUCGUUAGCGGUGGUAACUGCUAGUUGUGCGUAUUACUGUGCAUCGACCAACCCAGACGAACACAGUUACAGAUCUGAAAUCCUCGAUUGUGCCAACACCAUGCUGUACAUUUCACCAGCUGUGCGGAACCCAUCUACAGUCAAACAUUUAGAAUAUAUAGAAAAAUGCUAUAAUGUGGGCGUCGUAAAAAGACUGAAUCUGCUUUUGUUUUCAGUCAUCUGGAUUGAUGAGUUUAAUAACGACAUACAAGCGUACAAAGCAAACUGUAAAUAUUUAAAGCCUUCAGUAUUAUCAGUACAUCAGCGUGCUGUAGAUAUAGGCUUUUUAAAUGUUUGGUGGAGCCUUAAAAAAAUAAUGGUCGAUUAUGAUGUGAACCCCGAAGAAUGGAAAGAUUACAAAGAACCAGAGUAAUCUUACCAAUUAUACUUGUUAUACAAAUUGUUUGUUUAGUUGCUUUGUUGGUGAUACAAUAAAUUAAUCCUUAUUAAGAUUCAUAUAAAA